UCCGUCACAAGCCAUCGAGCAGGCUUGCGGGCCUCAGUUUCCCCAUGGGCACUCGCUGCAGGGGGGGGCUCGCUGCUGCUCGUGCUAGCUGCUGCUGCAGCGGCCUACGUGCAACGGUUGAGGGUAGGAGGGAGGGAGAGGAGCGUGGACUUUCUUACUAGAAGAGGAUUCGUUUCUUCGGAUAGAAGCGAGCCGUUGAACGUGAUAUCGCAGUAUGAUGACCCCACAUCAGUGCUGAAUUAUCGCGUGGGCAACACGAUGCUGGUUCAGAUGGAGCCACUACCGCCUCUCACUGCUGAGAAGAUGGAAUUUCACAGGCAGCAGCGGCAGAAGGAGCACGGAUGGAAGAAACCACAGGUGGUGCUGGUGGAGGGAGAUCCUGUGCCAGAUGGAGUCGAUCCCAUGACAGUGCGCUUCAUUCCCAGAAGGCACCCCUUUGCUCUCAACCAGGAUGAGAGUGACGAGAUUCUGUCAGAGGACGUGGCACGGCGGCGGCUGAAGCAGAGGAGGGGGCGGCCAGAGAAGGAGCAGGAGAGGAGCCGCAGGCAGCUGCAGCAGCUGCGGCAGGAGGUGGAUGGCAGGGAGAGGAUAGUGGAGGAAAGAGGUCCUGGGAGGGAGAAUGUUGGUGGAGGAGGCAUAGGCUUGCAGCAACCAAGAACAUCAUUCCAUCCUGGCAACUUUCAGUACUCGAGAGUGCACACAGACAAUGGAAACGAGCUGUGA